AUGUACGUUUACAAGAGAGAUGGCAAUAAAGAAGCCGUCGCGUUUGAUAAAAUUACGAUAAGGCUCAGACGCCUGUGCGAACAGGAUCCUCCGCUUCCAGCGGCAGUGGAUCCUACGAUAGUUUGCCAGAAGGUGGUGCAGGGGGUGUACAGCGGUGUCAAAACAACAGAGCUGGAUAAUUUGGCAGCUGAGACGGCGGCCUACAUGAGUACCACGCAUCCAGGCUAUGCUGAGCUUGCGGCUAGAAUUGCCAUUUCGAACUUACACAAAGAGACCUCGGACCGAAUUGAGGCAGUUGCAGAAAAGGCAUACACGCACAAGUGUCUGCACACGAACGAGCGUGCGCCGCUGAUUUCCGACGAGUUGUACCGACUUAUCACAAAACACAAGGAUGUUCUCAACAGAGAGAUUGACUAUCGCCGAGACUUCAAUUAUGAUUUUUUCGGCUUCAAGACUUUGGAGCGUUCUUACUUGCACCGAAUCAACGGUUCGAUCAUAGAGCGUCCGCAGCACAUGUUGAUGCGCGUUUCUUUAGGGAUUCAUGGGGAGGAUUUCGAGUCGGCGAUUCGAACAUAUCACCACCUUUCUUUGGGCUAUUUCACGCACGCGACGCCGACCCUGUUCAACUCUGGAACGCCCAACCCCCAGAUGUCUAGCUGCUUCAUCAUGCCGAUUAAGGACGAUAGCAUCGAGGGUAUUUAUGAGACGUUGAAGCAGUGCGCGCUGGUUUCCAAGAGUGCCGGUGGAAUUGGCAUUUCUGUGCAGAAUAUCCGAGCCAGUCGUUCGUACAUUAAAGGGACGAAUGGGUCUUCGAACGGUUUGACGCCCAUGCUACGAGUGUUUAAUAAUACGGCUAGAUACGUCGAUCAGGGCGGCGGCAAGCGAAAGGGUGCCUUUGCGAUUUAUUUAGAGCCGUGGCACGCAGACAUCUACGACUGGUUAGAUUUGAGGAAGAAUCACGGCAAGGAGGAGCAGCGGGCGAGGGACUUGUUUUACGCCCUGUGGAUUCCUGACUUGUUCAUGGAGCGCGUGGAGAAAGCUCAGAACUGGUCAUUGUUUUGCCCCGCUGAGGCGCCGGGGUUGUUUGACACGUGGGGAGAAGACUUUGAGCGGCUGUACUGCCAGUACGAGGAGGAGGGCCGCGCUAGAAGCGUGAUCAAGGCGCAAGACCUUUGGUUUGCGAUACUCAGGUCACAGGUAGAAACAGGGAUGCCCUACAUGCUGUACAAGGAUGCGUGCAACAGAAAGAGCAACCAGCAGAAUUUGGGUACAAUACGUUCUUCUAAUUUGUGUACAGAAAUAAUUCAAUACUCCAGCGCGGAUGAGACGGCGGUGUGCAAUCUGGCGUCGAUCUCGCUGCCCAAGUUCGUCGAAGACAAGACGUUCAAUCAUCAGAAGCUGUUUGACAUCACGUGUCAGAUUACAGAGAAUUUGAACAAAAUUAUCGACCGAAAUUACUAUCCGGUCAAGGAAGCCAAAUGCAGCAAUCUCCGUCAUCGUCCGAUGGGAAUAGGCGUGCAGGGACUGGCGGACGUGUUUUUGCUGUUGAGGUACCCGUACGAGUCCGCCGAGGCGCGGCGACUCAACGUUUCCAUUUUCGAAACUAUCUAUUACGCCGCGCUUUACAAGAGUAAGGAGCUGGCUAAGGUAGAGGGUGCCUAUUCUACGUUUUGGGAUUCUCCCGCGUCUCGGGGCGUUUUGCAGUUUGACAUGUGGGGCGUCGCGCCUUCCAAAAGGUGGGACUGGGGAGCGCUCAAGGAGGAGAUUAAACAGUUUGGCCUGCGCAACUCGCUCCUGAUUGCGCCCAUGCCGACUGCUUCGACUUCGCAGAUUUUGGGGAACAACGAGUGCUUUGAACCAUACACCUCGAACAUUUACACUCGACGCGUUCUUGCGGGGGAAUUUACUGUCGUGAACAAGUACUUGGUGCGCGACUUGAUAUCUCGUAAUAUUUGGAAUGAUAACGUCAAAAACCAGAUCAUCGCUCGUGCAGGGAGCAUCAAAGGCAUUCCCAACAUUCCGGAAGACCUCCAGGAGCUCUACAAGACGGUUUGGGAAAUCAAGCAGCGCUCUCUGAUUGACAUGGCCGCCGACCGCGGUCCAUUCAUCGAUCAAUCACAAUCUCUCAAUAUUUUCAUACCAAUACCUACGCUCUCCAAGCUUACUUCCAUGCACUUUUAUGCUUGGAAAAAGGGCCUCAAAACUGGCAUGUACUACCUGCGCACUCAUCCAGCCGCCAACGCGAUUCAGUUCACGGUUGAUCAGCAGAAACUUUCAGAGAGCAAUUCUUCCUUUGCCCCUUUCCAAUCUCCCAAGCAGGCUUCUCCUAAAAAAGAGACCUGCCUCCUAGAAGAGGGAUGCAUUACGUGUGGCAGCUGAAGACACCUGUCAACCGUGGGGGGAGAUAUGCGGGUUCUGUACAGAAGACAAGCUUCUUCGCGUACAACAUUUUGUAGGGGGGGAGGCGUAGCGUCGACACGUGCGAGGUCGGUUCUGCUUCACUUCCCGCCCUAGUCUUCCUCAUUGUACAAAAAAUCGAUCUGCCGAUUAGAAAAAAGAAUACGGCCUUGAACCCUCAUAUUUGGUCUUUCCCACGCGCUUGGUAGCUGCAGUUUUUCCACCAUCUGUCCGAUCCCUGAAGCGUUCGCACGUUUCUUUUCUGAGCAGGGAAUUGUCACCUCCUUUGCGCGUCGCUGUCCCUUGCUUCGCGUCUUUACCUUUUCGUUUUGAGACAAGUUUGUGCUUUUUUGGUGCCGCUUCGCGCUCUUUUUGUCGCGGAUGACAUCAACUGCCAUUUAUUUUAAUUUUUUUUUAGGACAAUUUCCAGGCUAGGGGGGAGACUUCUCAGCCAGCAAAAAACCACACGCAACGCCGUUUGUCGAGCCCCAGACCUCUAGGCGACCCACCGGAGCGGUGGCCAAGCUCGGAUCCUUCGAAGUGGCCGUCGCGUUCUCAGAGAAGGACUCGGUCCGUUCGUCAAAAGGGGUGUCAAAAAGGAGCACGGCGCCCGACAAUUUCACAGCCAAAGACACGUGCGUGAGGGGUCCCACUUUAUUUUCCUCCGUUUACAGCCGCGCCCCUUUUCAUCUACCAGGCUUUUCGACUCGAAGCUAGCCCGCGUCUGCCUAAAGAGACGAACGCCCGGAUAUUUUGCGUCCCUUUGUCCAAUAGGUGAGCGACGGUCGAAGUGGCACACAAUUCUGGAGAUGGCCAGUCCACGCAUAUAUGGAAUUCGUCAAAAGGAACUGAUUCGGCUCAAACCUGACCAAGUUUGUAACUGACAUUCAAAAAGUUCGUGACAUUAAAAAAAACAGUUCCUAACUUUUUUCAAUA